AUGGAGAGAGCUCCGAGGAUUGACCUGCUCUACAAUCCUAAUUCAUCGUCAUUAGGCUAUUCUCUCGAAAGAAGAGUGAUAGAAGUGAAGUCUCCAGCACCUUCAUUGUGCUUGAGUCUGUCCUAUAGACUCACUAUUGGAACACUUGCUUUGUCCAUACUCUAUGCCCGUAGCCUUGGUCUGCCUUCAUUGUGCUGGGUGUGUAGGGCCUUACAAGCGCAGGGCUUCAAAUAUCCACUUAUCCAGUCCGUAUAUGAUUAUUGGAAAGAUAAGCGAGAAAGGUGGCAAAAGCCUGUUUUGCGACGUUUACAGCCGCCUCCACCGGUUAACGACACCAACCCAUAUAAUGUCUUUCGGCCAAGAGAGAAGGCCCACAGACUUCACACAAGAAGGAUGCAAAGGAGAGAGAACAAUGUGCAGUCAUUUGAAAAGCUUCGGCAGGUCAGGCGCAACCUUGACCAAGCUAAGAGCUUGUUGGAAGCUUUGAUCAAGAGGGAGGAGAAAAAAAGAGAAGUAAUGGAGAGUGAAGUUACGUUGCAGAGGAUGCAAAUGAAGUACAAGCAUGAAACCGAGUUUUUGGAAGAUAACUUGGCACUCUCUGGAUUUACUGCUUUCUCUUCCAAGUUUGUUUCAAGUGAAGAGGAAUAUUUUGAUUCAGAUGAUGUCAUGACAAACCGCCUUUCUCGAACACGUUCUACUGCUGUACAGAGUUUGCCUUCCCAUGACACCAACCUGCCCAUGGUUCCUGCAGCUAGCACAAAGCAAGAGUUUAGGAGGAGAUAUGUCCCGCAUGGGUGGCCUCAUAAGCUGGAUCCACUUGAACCAGUUUUAUUGUUCACCAAACCUCUACUGCCGGAUAAGUUGGCCAUGGCAGGCAUUAUGCCACCAGAUUCUAUUGCAACAAAUGGGGUGUCACCAACAUCAUAUAGAUUUCGUGGGCGAAUGGGUCGAGGUGGCCGGAUAAUAUUUGACCGAUGGAAUCCACUUAUGCAAACACCAAUUGAUUGUGGUAAUUCUUAUUACAUGCCUCCAAAACCACGACCUUCAACAUGUAACUAA